GCGGUAACCCCGAGCUACACUCGGGAAUACCCUGCAGCAUUGCUCCGGGAUCCCUCGGUCACUUACCUUGUCCUUCGCUCCCGCGAUGUCCCUCCUGCAGUGUCCCCGGCAAUGUAAUCCGGCUGAUGCCGACGAUGUCCCCCCUGCAGAUGCCAGCAUCUGUCUUCUGGGUACCAUUCCCUGCGACGUCGGGACGUACGGGGGACGGGAAAUUUAAAAAUUUUAAAAAGUGACAUUCACUAAAUACACUAAAAUCACAUAGUAUAACAUUCCUGUAUCAAACCAUUUCACAUACAU